AUGCCUUCAAAUCCAAAAAAUGAUAUAUUUGCGAAUCUCCUGCAAUCAUCCACUAGAAAAUCUUUUAACAAGAAUUCGAGCAUGGGGAUGGCUCAACAAAUGAAACUAUCAUCGUCCUCUCUUUCAAAUAUUGCGAGGAAUGAUUCUUCAACUGCAAGCAUUGAUAUGGACUUUUUAGAAACCCAUUUGAAAGGAAAUGGCUCCGGAAAUAGCAUUUUCAAUACUCAACCUCUGAAACCACAACCUUCUUCAACGCAUAAGGGUACAGUGAAUGAUAUAUUUGCUUCAUUUACUACUCCUUCUUCUAGAUCACAAUCAUCUUUGCCAUCAAAUGGAAAUUCCUCAAAAAUAGCAAGUUCAAGUCAGUCUAAUCCAGUAGUUACAAAUCUGGGAAUACCAACAAAUGGCCAUCAAACUGUUAAUAAGGACAACACAGAUGUUAAUAAUGGCAUAAUAGCUGAUAACGGCGGGAUGGAUCUGCUAGAAGGAUUCUUUACGCCCGUUUCAACACCUAAUAAAUCUGAAACCAGUUUGCAGCAUAAGACCGAAAAUAAUAACUCUAAUUCCACACACUUGCCGAUACAUGCCGAUCUCGGCAGUCAGCAGGAUUCACAGAAACACAUGAUUGAUGAAAAGAAGGAUGAUGCAUUGGCUGUACUUAUGGACAUGGGCUUUGACAUUGAUGAGGCUUCCAGAGCUUUAAAUCAAACCAGUUCAGGUUAUAAUGUGGAAUCAGCAUUAAAUAUGCUCACUGCUCAAAGAUUCAAAUGA